AUGUCGAGUCCUCCGGCGUCGUCGCCGUCGGAAGGAGGAGGAGCUGGCGGUGCGGAGGAGAGAGGAGGCGGCGGAGACGAGGAGAUAGUAGGAGGUCCGUCCGAUCGCGGCCCUCGUCGGGCCGGUGAUCCGUCCUCCUCCCGGCGGAGGUCGGCCGACGCGGUCUGGCCGGAGCACUUCGUCGAGUCCGUCGCCGUCCGGGUGGCCGUCGAUGCCGCUCGCUCCGACGGGAGGCUCGCCGCCGCCCCUGCGGUGGCCGCCAUCUUCCAGGUGUGUUCGACGUGGCGAAUUGUUUCCCGCUCAGAGCUACUGUGGGAGGAUGCUACUCGUGGAGUAUGGUCCCGCCGCCGGCCCCUCCGUCCCACAUGGCACGAGGAGUUCAUCCGCCUCCACCAGACUGCACGCAACUUCCGCACCCGCCGCUCAGCUUACUCCCACCUUCUCUCCGCCGCUUCUCCCGCCGUCUCAUGCCGCCGCCUCGCCCUCUCGGACCACUACCUUGCUGCUGGCCUCCUCGACGGGUCGAUCCACCUCUUCGAGCUUCCUUCCGGUCGCCAUCUUACAACCUACAGGACCCAACCGCACCGCGAUCGUCUCGGCCCCUUAUCCCGGUCCAUCUCCGGUCUUCUCCUGCUCUCUGAUCCCAGCCGCCUUGUCUUUGCCUGCCAGGAUGGUGACAUACACGCUGCACCUCUCGAUGACCCCGUCCCCGGUUCCACUCGCCAGGCCCGUGUCGGGAACCUCAUGGAGGAUGGCACCUUGGUCGACUUCGCCGGCGACGGCCGCCGGUGGGUGGGCCUGUUUGCAGGCGUUCCCGGACGAUCAUGGCACGUGUGGGAUGCCGAGACGGAGCAGCUGGUGUACGUCGGUGGGUCGCUGACGGAUCCCGACUCGGUUCUGGGCUGGCGGAUGCUCACUGAUUUGAUUGCUACGGUGGGCCGGGUUAGGAUAGCUGAACCAGGAGCCAUGGUGGCGUCCACCAGCUCACGGCUCCAGGUCAUGAAUCUGGAUGACCCAGGAGAGGUUUCGAACCAACUCGAGCUCCGGCGCAGGGCAUUGGUGGAUUCAGUGGAUGCCUGCAAUGGACAGGUGAUGGUGGUGGAUUUGCGAGGGCUGGCGAGGGUGCUCCGGGCACGGACGUUAGCGGAGGUGUGUAGGUUUAGCACUGUGGCGAGGGUGGAGGGCCAUCCGCAGCAAAGAGUGUCAGGUACGGUAGGAUGCAUGAACUGGGGCUACGCAGUGGUGUGUUCUGCUGGCAGUUUGAGAGUGUGGGAUGCAGCUACUGGGGAGUAUCUGUACAGCUUUAGGGAGAGGGUAGGGGAUGUUACCAUUGUUGCUGCGAGUGAUCGGUAUGUGGCAUCUUGGGUUGAUGACACUGGGUUGCACUUGUGGGACUUUGGAGCCUUGUAGGGGGAGACGCCAGCGGAUGCAGGGUUUAGAGAUGUACGUGAGAAGAAAAGCAGUAGGAAAAAUGGGAACAAAGGGAAAUAGAGAGGAUUUAGAGGGUGGUGAAUGGUUUGCAUGUGCUGGGUCUGCUUCGUGGGCUAACCAACGGGAAUUUGCUGUACGCUUCGGUUAUCCAUGUAAUUUCUUAUACAAGGGAAUGAUAUCUAUUGUAGGAUGGAAACACCCUCAGAUGCUCUGGGAAGGUAGCGGAAGGAAAUUUAAGACACCAGAAUUAAAAAAGAUUCAGUGUAAGCAUGGGUGCUCAUCUGUACUUACAGAACUUGUUUGGUGGAUCAUUGGCGUCAAUAUGGAGUUUCAAGUUAAAAGCU